AUGGCGAAGAUCGAGCCGGUCGAGGUGUCCCUGGAGGCCGGCAACCGGCCCGACCCCGCGCUGUUCGACGAGGACGGCCGCCCGCGCCGCACCGGCACGCUCUGCACGGCCAGCGCGCACAUCAUCACCGCCGUCAUCGGCUCCGGGGUGCUCUCGCUGCCGUGGGCCACGGCGCAGCUCGGGUGGAUCGCCGGCCCCAUCGUCAUGACGGUGUUCGCCGGCGUCACCUACUGCACCUCCGCGAUGCAGGCCGAGUGCUACCGCACCGGCGACCAGGAGUCCGGCCGCCGCAACUACACCUACAUCGAGGCCGUCCGCUCCAUCCUCGGCGGCGCCAGCGUCAAGCUCUGCGGCAUCAUCCAGUACGCCAACCUCGUCGGCACCUCCAUCGGCUACACCAUCGCCGCGUCCAUCAGCAUGCAGGCCAUCAGGAGGGCCGGCUGCUUCCACACCAAUGGCCACAGCGUGCCGUGCCGCUGCUCGAGCAGCCCGUACAUGCUCGUCUUCGGCGCCCUCGAGAUCGUCUUCUCGCAGAUCCCCAACUUCCAUGAGAUCUGGUGGCUGUCCAUCGUCGCCGCCGUCAUGUCCUUCACCUACUCCAGCAUCGGCCUCGGCAUCGGCAUCGCCAACACCGUCGCCAAUGGUGGGUUCCGUGGCACCAUCGCCGGCGCCACCAACGUGACCGCGAUGCAGAAGGUGUGGCGGUCGUUGCAGGCGCUGGGCAACAUCGCCUUCGCCUUCGCCUUCUCCAACGUGCUCACCGAGAUCCAGGACACGAUCAAGGCGCCGCCGCCGUCGGAGUCGGCGGUGAUGAAGAAGGCCACGAGGAUGAGCGUCGUGGCGACGUCGGUGUUCUACGCGCUGUGCGGGUUCAUGGGCUACGCGGCGUUCGGCAACGCGGCGCCGGACAACCUCCUCACCGGCUUCGGCUUCUACGAGCCCUUCUGGCUCGUCGACGCCGCCAACGUCGCCAUCGCCGUGCACCUCGUCGGCGCCUACCAGGUGUUCGUCCAGCCCAUCUUCGCCUUCGUGGAGAGGCGGGUGUCCCAGAGGUGGCCGGACAGCGGCUUCGUCAACAACGAGCUCCGCCUGGGCCCGUUCUGCAUCAGCGCGUUCCGGCUGCUGUGGCGGUCGCUGUUCGUGUGCUUCACCACGGUGGUCGCCAUGGCGCUGCCCUUCUUCGGCGUCGUCGUCGGCCUCCUCGGCGCCAUCUCCUUCUGGCCGCUCACCGUUUACCUCCCCUCAGAGAUGUACAUCGCGCAGCGCAAUGUGCGGCGAGGCAGCGCGCUGUGGAUCGGCCUCAAGCUGUUCGCCGCCCUGGGCCUCAUCGUCUCCGUCGCCGCCACCACCGGAUCCGUCGCCGGCUUCGUCGGCGAAUUCAACAAGUUCCGCCCCUUCAGCGGCUAGUAGCAGUAGCUAAUUACUCCAUGACU